GAACCCUAAAACCACAUCGAUAUAGUAUUAAAAGACACGCACACACCACACCACACCACACGACUCAAACCCACCAACCAAAAUCUUCAAAAACUAAUGGAGCUAACACUUGAUCAGCUGAAGCAAUACGACGGCACAGAUCCAUCAAAACCCAUCUACAUCAGCGUCAAGGGUCGCAUCUUCGACGUCAGCACCGGUAAGUCCUUCUACGGUCCCGGCGGCUCCUACGCCCUCUUCGCCGGCAAAGAUGCGACCCGGGCCCUAGCCAAGAUGAGCAAGAACGAUGAAGAUGUCAUUGGAUCGCUUGACGGACUCACCGAAAAGGAGCUGGGUGUUCUUGCUGAUUGGGAAAAGAAAUUCGAAGCUAAAUACCCAAUUGUCGGUUCUCUCUCUGCUUAAUUCCAUAACCUGUUUGUUUCCUAUAAACAAACUACUUUAUUAUUGUUUGUCGUUUAUAAAUGUUAUAUGUAAAAGAAGUUGGAUUGAACCCUGAUUGAUGAUGUGUGUUUCUAUCUCUCUCAGGGUUUGAAUAAGAAUUUGUGUGUUUUAUCUGUUGGUGAUU